GGGAGUUGCAGCAGCGGCAGGUGCAGCGCCAGAUGCAGGCGCUGUACGACGCGCAGCAGCAGGUGCGCAGGAAGGUGGACGAGAUGGCCGUCUUCCAGCAGCUGCACGCCUUCAGCCACCAGCAGCACCUGGGGCAGGUGCAGCUGCAGGUGUUGAGCCUGGACCGCGGGCAGCGCGCCGAGCGCCGCAGCAGGCAGGCUCUGCAGCGACAAGUGAGCCAGACCAGGAGGUCGACCUUGCGACAGAGCCGCGCCGUGCCGGCCGCCAGGGACGCCUGCGACCAGGACAACUGCAACCGGACCGUGUGCAACCAGGCCGACUGCAACCAGGACGACUGCUGCCCCUGCGAAUUCCCGGAGGACUGCCCCUUCAACCCUUGUUUACCCAGUGAUUGCUUCGACGCAGAAAUUCCAGAAGGUCCCACAGAUAACUGUUUACUACGAGACAUUCGCCUUGGCUUAGUGCAGCCCCCAUCUUGCAUCGAGUGUGAACCUCAAGGUCCAGAUGCAAGGAAAACUAGGCGGCGCACUAGAUGUGAUUCAGAGGCUGAAUCUGGGUACGAUGCUGAUGAUGAAGCAAGCUCGUUCUCAACAGCAUCCUCGGCAAGCAGUAGUGCUUUCAUCAAGGAAAGACGCCAAAUUUUGCAAGAGGUCAGAAGUUUGGAGAACAUUCGGCUAGCUCCACGCUACAAGGAGAUUUGGAGGCCCCUCAGAUGUUUCCAUUGUGGAAGGCCAGAUCACCUUGCAUCUUUCUGUCCUAAAUUGCCAACUACAACUCUAUGAAAAUGUUCUAGCAGUGUAGCAGGUUCAAGAAUCAUUGGUGUAAAUCAAUCUCAAAGCUGCAUUAUUUUAACUUUCGUGUUUCAGUGUAGAAAUUAGGAUAGGAAAAAUUGUAAUAAAAUCCA